AUGUACAUCUCGCACUACACUGCCGCCAUGGCAGCGAUCGACAGCGCCACCGAGCUCCCCUUCCAGAUCUGGCUGUCCGCCGAAGACCUCCUUACACUCUGCACCAUAACACAAAAGCCAUGUGAAGAGCGCAGCCUUGACGACAUGCUGAAGGUCAUGGCCGUCACAUCAAGAGCCAGUCAGAGCCUCAUUGACGUAGCAAGGAAUAUCCCCCACGACGACGUUACAGAGCUGCAUCGCAGACUCAAUGCCAACAAGCGGAGCACCCUACUCGAGAUCGAAGACGAUUACUCAAAGGCCCUUGGCGAAGCAACAGAUUCCAAGAAUAAAUACGAUGCAGCAUCUUCGACACCAGCCGCCACCUCGAGCAAGACCGACGAUAUCAAUGACCUUCUUAACAAGUUUCCACUCCCGCCACCAACAAGAGCGCAGAUAUGCGAGCACUUCAUCAUCACCAUCCACAACACGUACACCGACAAAUACUACCCAGCCAAAAUAUCCUUCAGCACCAAAAUCAUCACCCUCGCAGCCCUCCUCCAAGCCUCCGAAGGCAUCCCCCUCCAGCGCAUGCGUCUGAUCCAUAAAGACAACGCCCUCCUCAUCCCAGCGCGAUCCAAAGCCGACCCAAUGCAGGACACGGAGACGUUCGGAUACUACAACGUCCACCUAGGCGAUCUCGUGAGCCUCAGUAUGAUCACAGACGAAGAGCACAUGCCAGAAGCGAAAGUUCACGUGCCGAUUUAUCGACUCCGCCACCGCUUCGAGGAGAGAGGGCGCUUUCAACGAUAG